AUGGCAGACGCCGACCCUCAGAUUUUGGCGAAGAUUGUCUACUAUGCUCAAGAAAAAUACUUCAACCACAUUGUUCACUUGACAAAUAUCGAAUUGUCGAAGCACACUUAUGACCCAGUGUUGCUGUUCUUCAAGGCGAUUGGAACCUUAUUCCUUGGCCGGAUCCAAGAAAGCAUCUCUCUACUAGACAAUGCCCAGAAACGCCACAUAGAUGUGUCAUUAGGCUGCGUCCUGGGCCUCAUUCAUGCACACCAAAAAUGUGAAAUUGUUGAUUCCUCUGCAGUGUUGGAGUUAGAGAGCAAAUUACAGGACCUGCGGAAAACUGCAGGAAGCAAUGGCUGGUAUUACGCUGCGGUGUUUCUGUGGCUGAUCAAGCAGAAUGACAAGGCAAAGGAGUAUAUCGACAAAAUGCUGCAAAUAUCGAACAGCGCAAGAGAGGGCCUGAUUUUGAAAGGUUGGAUCUAUGUGACAUCUGACAAGCAGUACUCAGUUAAGAAGUCUAUCAAAUAUUUGGACGAAGGGAUUCAAGACAAUGCGGAUAUAUUUGGGAUGAUGGGAAAGGCAACAUACUUCAUUGUGCAACAAAAUUAUCCGGGUGCCCUGGAAAUAAUUAGCCAGCUAGUGGUUACUUUUCCUUUCUUUACACCAGCCCUCGUCACCAAGAUGAGGCUUCAUUUAGCGUUACAAGACUGGGAGCAAAGCAUAGAAGAAAGUAAAAGGAUCCUAGCCAAAGAUGCCAAUGAUAUUGAUGCUCUCCAGUACACUGUGGUAUAUCACCUUGCUAUGACUGGAAAUAUGGAGUUGGCAUUGCAACAACUUAAAGAAUUCAUCAGUGCUCUGGAGAUGAAAGAGCCGCAGAGAUCAGAACUUCAUCUUAAAAAAAUCCUUGUGGUCAGUCGGCUGUCCGGGAAGAAUCAAGAAAUCCUGCAGGAGGCAUACACGUUUGUUAAAAACUCCUGUAGCAGACUAAUACACAUGGAUGCCACAGUUGUGAAUGAACUUGGAUAUCAGCUGAGCCUGCAAGGGAAAUGGAAGGAGGCUUCCGUGUGGUACAGACAAGCUGCAGAGCUAGAUGAAAGCACGGCAGAAUCACUGACAGGUGUUAUUUGGUGCCUGGUGCUGGAAGGGAAGCUAGAAGAAGCAGAGCAACAGCUGGAGUUCCUAAAGGAAGUUCAGCAAUCCACUGGAAAAUCUGCAGUCCUGGCUUACCUCCAGGCUGUGAUUGCUUCGAGGCAAGACAAGGACGAGCAGGCUGCCAACGCCCUGCUCAACGAAGCUGCGGACCUCCACUUCUCUGCUCUGCAGGGUCUCCCUCUGAGCAUUGAGUACUACGAGAAGCUCAGUCCCAUGUUUGUGGUUGAAAUUGUGAAAGAGUAUUUGGCCUUUUGUCCCAAGCAGCCUAGAUUACCCGGCCAGGUCUUAUCAUCCGUUCUUAAACAAUCAACCAUAGUUUUGAAUCCAGUUGUCAAAGCAGCUCCUGGGAUGAUCGAGCCACUUUAUCUCAUGGCGCAGGUUAAAUAUUUAUCAGGAGAAGUUGAAACUGCGCAGGGCACCGUGCAGCGCUGCUUGGAGUUGGAUCCUGCCUCAACAGAUGCCAAUCUCCUUAUGGCCCAGAUCCACCUCUCUCAGAGAAACAUUAAAGAAUGUGCCCAUUCGCUGGAAACGGGGGUCAGCCAUAAUUUCCAGCUUCGUGACCAUCCAAUGUACCACUUUAUCAGGGCCCAAGCAUUGAACAAAGCUGGGGACUAUCUCGAAGCCAUUAAAGUCUUGAAAAUACUUCUCAGCUUGCCCCAAAUGAAAGGAGAAGCUAAAAGGGGCACAGGACCCCUUAUAACCACAAGCGAACAAGUUUCCAUAUACCUGGAACUGGCCGAAGCUCUUCGUCUCAACGGGGAAUUGCAUGAAGCUACCAAGGUUAUGCAAGAUACCAUCAACGAAUUUAGUGGGACACCAGAGAAAAUCCGUAUCACUGUUGCCAAUGCAGAUUUGGCUCUCAGCAAAGGGGAAGUGGAUUUAGCAUUAACGAUGCUGAGAAACAUCACACCAAACCAGCCGUAUUACAUCGAGGUGAAGGAAAAGAUGGCUCAGAUUUACCUUCAGAUCCGAAAGGAUAAGAGACUGUACAUCGGAUGCUAUUGUGAGCUGUGUGAAAAUUUGCCAAGUCCACAUACAAGCCUUCUCUUAGGUGAUGCUUAUAUGAAUAUUCAAGAGCCUGAGAAAGCUUUAGAAGUUUAUGAAGCAGCUCAGAAGAAAAACCCCUUGGACGCAGCCGUGGCACGGAAAAUUGGGCAGGCCUAUGUGAACACCCAUCAGUACAACAAGGCCAUCAAUUACUAUGACGUCGCUCUCAAAAUGAGUGAGCAGGACUUCUUGUGUCACGAUCUGGCUACUCUCCUCUUGAAGAUGAAGAAGUUUGGCAAGGCCGAGAAGGUUCUAAACCAAGCCCUGGAUCAUGACCCUGGUAACAUUUCUGUUGAUGAUGUGCCCUCUAUGAUGAAGGAUGUCAAGAACCUAAUGUUAUUAGCCAAGGUUUAUAUGGUGUAUGGUUUAUAUGGAAAGAACGUUCUGGAAACUUUGAACAAGGCCUCUGACAUUCAGCAAAGAAUACUGAAGCGAAUCCGGGUCGAACAGCCUGAACUGAUCCUUCCUCAGAAACAAGUAGCUUUGGCAAUCUACAUACAGUAUGCUGAAUUCUACAAAAAGGAGAAGAAGUAUGAAGAAGCCGUGAAGUACUAUAUCGAUGCCCUAUCCUUUGUUCCCACUGACAGUAAAGUAGUGCUAGAAUUAGCUCGCCUGCAUUUGAUGCUAGGAGAGAUGGAGCAGUGCGAGCAUUAUUGUUCUCUUCUGCUUCAAGACGACCGCAAUAGUGAAAUUGGAACAAUGAUGAUGGCAGAUCUUCUGUUUAGAAAGGAGGAGUAUGACCAAGCCAUACAUCUUUACCUAAAUGUUCUGGAGAAAACGCCAGAUAAUUUCUUAGUCAUGGAGAGCUUGAUUGAUUUGCUAAGAAGAAGUGGUAAGCUUGAUGAAGCAACACCGUUUUUUGAACUGGCGGAGCACAUAUCAACCCGCACGCCUUUGGAGCCCGGCUAUAACUACUGCAAGGGACUGUAUUGCUGGCACAUGGGGCAGCCGAAUGAGGCCCUGAAGUUCUUCAACAAAGCUCGCAAGGAUAACGACUGGGGCCAGAGAGCCCUGAACAAAAUGAUUCAGAUCUGCCUGAAUCCCGACAACGAGAUCAUCGGUGGAGAAGCUUUCGAGAGCCAGAACGGGGAUGCGAGUAUCCUAAUGGAAAAAAGGGAGUCUGAGCAGCACGGGAUCCGCACGGCGGAGAAGCUCCUCAAAGAGUUCUACACCCACUCCCAAGAGGGUCACAACCAAGUGGAGAUGUUGCGCAACUACUGCUUAAUGGCCACCAAAGAUAAACAUAAUGUGGAGAAGGCCCUGGGCGCCUUUACGACCAUGGCCCAGAACGAGAUGGAAAGUAUCUCAGCGAUCCUGGCCGUGGCUCAAGCAAACCUGAUCCUCAAACAGACGGCCAAAGCCAGGACUCAGCUGAAGCGGCUGAGCAAAGCGACUUGGACUUUGACAGAUGCCGAAGAGCUGGAAAAGGGCUGGAUUUUGCUGGCGGACAUCCAUUGCACGAAUGGGAAGUACGACCAUGCCACUGACCUCUUGAACCGCUGCUUACGGUACAAUAAGUCCUGCUCUAAAGCUUACGAAUGCUUGGGAUUUAUCGCAGAAAAGGAAAAGGCCUAUAAAGAUGCGGCGGCCAACUACGAGCUCGCAUGGAAAUACAGCAACCAAGCAAAUCCCGCUGUCGGAUUUAAACUUGCUUUCAAUUAUCUAAAAGAUAAGAGAUACGUGGAGGCGAUCGACGUAUGCCACGUGGUGCUGAAGUUGUGCCCAGGUUAUCCAAAAAUCAGAGAAGAAAUUUUGGAGAAGGCCCAGACAGCUCUCAGACCUUAG